CCUGUUACUUGUUAGAACACACAGCAGCAAAUAGCAAUGGGUUGUAUUUUUAGCUAACAAGCACUCAAUGCUCAAAAAUUAUGAGUUUUAAGUUACAGAUCAGAAAAUGUAAUUUUUAUUUAUCGUCGUGCUAAUUAUUACUCUUUAAAAUAGUUAAUUUCCUCAAAAUACUUGAUAAGGCGCGAUAAUUUUGAUAAGCUUAAAGUGAUAAGACGUAAUAUGAUGACAAUCCCUAUUUUGAUUCCAUUCGAUCAUUGAGCUUUUGUGUGACGAGACUAAAUCCGCAGAAAUUUUUAUAUUGGGUUACAAUUUUCCAUUUCUAAUAGUAUUUUCCAAAAAACUAUGUUUGCGUGUGGACACUGUGGUAAAGAAUUUAAAUAUGAGAGUGAAAAGAGAAGGCAUGAAAUAAGUCACAAUCCUCAAUUUGAGUGUACAGAAUGUUUUAAAAAAUUUAGUUUUAUUUCUGCUUUGCGGCGUCAUCAGAAACAACACACAAGAACUGGCAUAGUCCAAUGUUCAGAAUGUAAUAGAAAUUUUAGAGAUGAAUCCUUGCUUAAACGUCAUAUUAAAUACGCUCAUAAAGAAACACAUAUUUGCUCUAAGUGCGAAGCAAAGUUUAACAGCCAGCAAGCUUUGUUGUCUCACCAGAAAACUCAUAAACCAAAGUCAGAAAGAAGAUAUCAGUGCAGUUACAAUGGUUGUGAUAAAACAUUUAACUUUGCACAUCAUCUUAAACAUCAUGAACAAACACACUCAGCGGAAAAACAACAUUACUGCUCCAGUUGUGGGAAAGGAUUUAUUCAACUGCAUCAUUUGAAAACACAUUUGAAAAAGCAUAAACCAAAUUCUUGGCUAAAAUGCAAUUUACCAGAGUGUUUGAAGAUAUUUACAAAUGAUUAUGCAUUGAAGCGCCAUCUGGUAACACAUAAAAAUUUGAUAAGUGCAGAUGACUAUGAAUUAUUUUUUGAAUAUAAUAGCACCACAUCACCAACUUUAUUAGAAGACAAACAUAAUGAUUUAGAGCAGAUAUACAUGGAGGAUGAAAAGGAAACAUCAGAGUUGUUUAAAAAGUACCAGUUGCUUGAAGAUUUAUCAUUUAAGAAAAGUAGAUUAAUUGCUGAGAAAAUAGAUGAUGUACCUAACUUAGUUACUUAUAGUUUUGGUGAUAGUGAAAAUUUAGAUAUUAGUGCAAAUAAAAGUGUUGAUGCUACAUGUAAAGGCUGUGAUUGUGCAAAGAAUAAAGAGACUUUAAUAAAUGAAAAUAUGCCAGAACUUAAAUAUAACAGUGAUGGUACAAUAAAAAUAAAAGAAUUUAUAGAUACUGAUAUUACAAUGGUUAAAAAUGUUAAAAAAGAGUAUUUUGAAGAUAAACAUGACUUCAGUAACUUUGAUAUACCAUAUAAUAGUUGUAAAGCAGUUUUAGGCAAAUGUAUUGUUUCUGGUACUGGUACAAUAAGUGAGAAUUGUCUUUGUGCAAAAAUGGCGUUUGAUGAUAGCCCAAUGAUCUAUCAUGAAAUUAGUGAAUUAACACCAAUUCCAGUGUAAUAACAGUUAUCGUUUAUAAAAUAUAUUGCAUUGUUGAAA